CACAGUCUUCAUUACAACCUCACGGCGCUGACCCGGGAUGGAUCUGUGCAGUCCAGCUUUUUCGCUGGGGGACACUUGGAUGGCCAGGCCCUCCUGCGCUAUGACUGUGAGACAGGCAGGGUAGAACCCCGGGGGCUGUGGGCAGAAGAGCUGGGAGCUGAGACGUUGGACACAGAGUCCAAGGACUUGACAGAGACCUGGAAGGACCUCAGAAAGCUUCUAGCAGAAAUCCUGGCCCUGCAGGAGGAGAAAGGAGGUGUGAAUUCCCUCCAGGAUCUGGGCUGUGAAAUCCGAGAAGACAACCAUGCCUGGGGCUUCAGGUUUCGCUACUAUGAUGGGGAGUUCCUCCUCUCCUGUCACCCAGAGACCCAUGGAUGUACAGUGCCCCAGUCCUUGGCUUGGAACUUGGCCAUGGAAAUGGAGAAGUCCUGGGACACAGAUGGCUUUCAAAGCAAGUAUUACCAGGCCCACAUGCAGGGAGAGCUUUGUGGAAGACUGCGGGGGUAUCUGGAAUCCUGGACAGGCUUCAGGGAGAGAACAGGGCCCCCAGCCGUGAACGUGACCCAUAGCCAGGACUCAGAGGGCACAGUCAACCUCACAUGCUGGGCUUUCGGCUUCUUUCCCCAAAAUAUCUCCAUGGCCUGGUUUUGGGAUGAGGAACCCAUGAGCCAGGAGGCCCAGCGGUCUGGGGGUGCCCUGCCUGAUGGGAACGGGGCCUAGCGGACCUGGGUGACCAAAAGUGUUCCCCAAGGAGAGGAGCAGCGGGUCCAGUCACUGGAACACAGCGGGAAUCACAGUGCACACACUGUGCCCUCUGCUGAGCCUGGGGUGAUCCUGGAGGGGGUUGUGACCCUGGGAGAGAGCCUGUUGCAUCAGAGUCAAUGGUGGACCAUCCUGGGUGUUGCUGCCUUUGCUCUUGUUUUUAUCAUCGGGCCUUGUGUCCUUUGCUACUCGAAGAAGAAGAAGACAGCAUUAGCUGUGGGGAGCCCAGGGAACGUGAGUUCUGGUUCCCUUGGAGCAGAAAUGGUUGUCUUGUAUGUCACUGGAGCAUUUGCUGGGAAAACAGUGUGA